AGCCACUUGUUGGAUCCUCUCCCCGCCUCCUUCGUCACGCAUCCCGGUGGUUUGACGUCCACCGAGCUCGCAAAAGGGUCUGGUGCGAGGAUCCCCAUAGUGUCGCCCUUCGUUUGUGGCAGGGGCGAUGCUAUACUUACACACAUCCAUGUACAUUUUCGUUACUUCCUAUUGUUCCAACUUCCAAGAUUAAUUUGAGAGAUCAUGCCUACUACACUUCAGGUUCAUACUGGGUAUAUAUACUAAUUAAUUGAAGGCAGGAGAAUUAGUUACCACAUACAAAGCUAGUACCGUAAAUCCAAGCUUAGACGACUAGAAGUAAAACAUAUAGUACAAUGGGUUCUUGUGCUUCCAAGUCAGCUCUUGAGCAUCGUCGAGUGGAGAGGUACUACACGACAAGGAUGGGUAGAAGAGGGCGUGGCAAUCCACGAUCAAUGAUGCCGGACGAGCCCAAGCCAAGGAUCAUGGAUGCGAGAGGGCGCACCACCGACUUCUCCAUGAGCGAGAUAGUCCACGUCGAGUCAGUAAGGAACCCAGCUCAAUCCAAGACGUUCCACCUCACCCAGAUGGAGUGGCACCAUAGCGAGCAAGAUUCCAAUGGUUGCUGCAAAGAAGACGCCUGGUUUGACUCCGUUAGCAUCCUUGAGGACGAUUAUAAUGAGGAUGAAUUCAAGAGUGUCGAUGAAGAUUUUUCUGAUGAUGAGGAAGAAGAUGAGGAACAGAAGAAGAGAGAGAAGGCAUCCCGUUUCACACAUGCUAUGUGCCGCAUUAGUGAAUUAUGGAGAGGUUUUCCCAUGCUAUUGUCAGUUGAACAAUACCUGAAAAGAGAUGACGGAGGUGAUGAUCCUGCACAUAGGAGCCAAAGCAUGGCAAUAUGUGCCAGCAAGUGUGUCACAAGUUUCAAGGAGAAAAACAAUGUAGAGGACAAUAACAAGAAGGAUCCUAGCACCCCAUCUCGCAUACGCAAGUUACUACACUCAAUCAGUUUCAAUGAGAAGAUACAACAGCUCACCUGUGUUAGCCCGGCGAAGAGGAAUUCUACAGUUAUACGGCUCUCCUACAAGAGGACAUCAUGCGACGACGACUCUGAGUGUGGUGCUGACAUUGGGAAUACCAUAACCACUUCCUUGAUCAACAAUCAAAGAACCUUUGGUGAAUCGAAGAAAUACGUCAUCCGUCCCAAGGGAGGGAUGACGAUCCAUUUUGGAGGCGAACAAUCCACACCAGGAAGAUGGUCAGAGAUUGAUCCAUCCAUCUUCAAGCUAAGGAGUGAAACAUUCCUCAGAGAUAAGAAGAAAUGUGCAGCUCCAAAUUAUGCCGCGUAUUAUCCAAUAGGCGUCGACUUGUUUGCUAGCCCCAAGAAGGUUUCACACAUUGCCCAACACAUUGAUCUUCCACAGGUCAAACCACACCACAAGCUACCAUCACUUCUGAUCGUCAACAUCCAGAUGCCUACCUAUCCUGCUGCUAUGUUCCUCGGGGACAGCGAUGGAGAAGGGUUUAGCCUUUGUUUGUAUUUCCGAAUCUCUGAGUACUUUGACAAAGAGGUUUCAGAGCAUUUCAAGGAAGCAAUAAUGAGAUUUCUUGAGGAUGAAUGUGAGAAGGUGAAAGGGUUUGCAUCAGAAUCUACUAUGGCAUAUAGAGACCGGUUAAAAAUCAUGGCUGGAUUGGUUAACCCAGAUGAUCUUCUAUUAAGUGCCACAGAGAAAAAGCUUGUCCAAGCAUACAACGAGAAGCCAGUCCUCUCUCGUCCUCAACAUAGUUUUUAUGAGGGUGAUAACUACUUUGAGGUAGAUCUAGAUAUACAUCGGUUUAGCUACAUCGCAAGGAGGGGAUUGGAUUCCUUCCGGGAACGCCUGAAGAAUGGCAUCCUUGAUUUGGGUUUGACAAUUCAGGCCCACAAGCAAGAGGAACUCCCUGAGCAGGUCCUCUGUUGUGUUAGGCUGAACAAGAUAGACUUCGUCAAUCAUGGGCAAGUUCCAACCAUAGUCACACUCGAUGAUAAGUGACAUAUUGGAUUGUAGCAGCUUCCUUGUGCAAGUUGUUGGAAGUCUAGAUAUGGAGAUCUAGAUAAGCAAAACAUAGAUCAACAUUUUAUGAUACUUAUGCACCCAACGUGUUCUUUGUGCGUAAUAUAUUCGCUAUGCUUCCUGCUUUUGUACGUAGGGAUGUUUUCUCAUAGAUAUAAGAUAUAACUGUAGCAGAAAAACAUGCGAACUUCUCUUUUUUCGAUACUGUUCUUCC